GAAGAGAACAAGAUGCCCCGCCCAUUGAGUGUCACAUCAUCUUAAACUUGAAGCAUGUCACUGGCUGAGGAGCUGUUGGCUGAUUUAGAUGAUGACGAUGAUGAAGUUAAUGAAGUAGAAGAGGAAGAGGAUGAUCUUGUUGAUGUCAAUAAUCAGUGGCAAUUGAGUUCUGAUGUUGAUGAGAGAUCAGUACAUGCCCUCACUAAACUUAAUGAGAGCCAAUUGUUGAAAGAUAUGAUGGAUAAAGUUGAAUAUCACUUAGGUACAGUACGAACUGGAGAAAUGUCUGGUCCUGUGGAGUACGAUCCAGAGUAUCAGUUAAUUGUUGAGAGCAACAAUAUGGUUGUUGAAAUUGACAAUGAAAUUUAUACUAUACACAAGUAUGUAAAAGAUCUCUACUCGAAACGAUUUCCAGAAUUAGAGUCUAUGGUUUAUACACCUAUUGAAUACGUGAAAACUGUUCAGUUAUUACAAAAUGAUUUAGAAGUGACAAAGGUCGAUUUGAAUGACAUAUUAGCUGCGGCUACCAUUAUGGUUGUAUCUGUUACAGCAUCCACUACUCAAGGGUCAGUGUUGGAAGAAUCAGAGUUAAAACUCAUAUUGGAAGCUUGUGACAUGGCUUUAGAACUAAAUGAUAAAAAGUUAAAAAUAAUGCAAUAUGUUGAGUCAAGGAUGUCUUUUAUUGCACCUAAUUUGUCAGCUAUUGUUGGAUCAGCUGUGGCAGCAAAACUGAUAGGUAUUGCUGGUGGUUUGACAGCACUUUCUCAGAUGCCAUCUUGCAAUAUUCAAGUACUUGGAGCCCAAAAGAGAACACUUUCAGGAUUUUCAACUGCUGCUGUUGUACCUCAUACUGGAUUUGUAUAUUUUUCUGACCUUGUUCAAAAUACUUCUGAAGACUAUCGUAAAAAGGCUGCAAAAUUCCUUGCUGCAAAAUGCACUUUAGCCGCUCGAGUAGACAGCUGUCAUGAAUAUCCAUCUGGAGAAUUAGGCGAAAAAUUACGACAACAAGUUGAAGAAAAAGUCAAUCGACUACAAGAGCCUCCUCCUGUGAAACGUAUUAAACCUCUUCCGAAACCUGAUGACAUGCCUAAAAAAAGAAGGGGAGGAAAGAGAAUUCGCCGACUGAAACAAAAAGUUAUUUUGACUGACAUAAGAAAGCAGGCGAACAGAAUGUCAUUUGCUGAGAUUGAAGAUGAUGCAUACCAAGAAGACUUGGGUUUUUCUGUUGGUCAGUUAGGAAAGGGAGGAGUUGGUGGACCAAUACGUGGACCAGCUGCAGUUGACAAAAAGACACAAAUAUCAAUAUCAAAACGUCUACAAAGGCAAAUUCAGAAAAGUCAAGUUUAUGGUGGGCGCAGUACAAUACAAGGUGCCACGUCUGGAACUGCAUCGACAAUUGCUUUCACACCACUACAAGGCCUUGAAAUAGUCAAUCCGCUGGCAGCAGAAAAGAAAGUAAAAGAAGCAAAUCAAAAGUACUUCUCUGCCAUGGCAGACUUCAAACAGGCAAAGGCCAAAGAUGUGACACAAGAGACAGAAACAUAAAAUAAAUUUAGUAAUAAUGUUGUAUAAAUACCAAUAACAGUUAACAUUAACAUGAAGCUACAUGUGUGAUGAAUGAUGGGUUCUUGUCUCUUGCUUUUGUAACUUCCCUUUCUGGCUUUAACCAGUUUUUUACUUCUUC